CUGGUUUUAACGUCGUCCUCAACCUCCUCCCCUUCUGGCCCACCCUCAUCAGAUUCUGACAUUAUGGGUUCCCCAUUUUCUCCAUUCCCUUAAUCAUCUCUCUUUCUGUUAUAAAAUCCCCAGUCUUUUUAGAAACAAGAGGCCGCCUCUCUCUCUCUCUCUCUCUCUCUCUCGGGCAAGACCAAAUCUAUUUUGAUUCUUCUGCUUGAUUGAUUUGUUAGAUUGAUAUGAUGGAUAGGUCUUUUGGUUCAUCGUCGACUAUGAUCAGAGAUGUUCCUUCUAAUUAUGAAAUAGCAGCAACGUACUCAUGCACUGAGGAGGAGGAGAGUGGCUGGACUAAGUACUUUGAAGACUUCUCAAACAAUAAGAGAGCGGAUCAAGAACAGACUAGCUUCUGCUCUUCUUUGGUUUCUGAUGCUUCUUCUGGUGCUGCAUGCAGAGUGUACAACUUUGUGCCGACAAAAUUGAAGAAAACAAGAACCAAGAAGGUUGGGGAUCAUGAUUUGGAGGAUACUGCUAGUUCUCCUGUUAAUAGUCCUAAGAUUGGUGAUUUCAGACCAGUUGAUCAUAUGAAUCCCAGAAAGAUAGAUGAUCCUCGUAUAAAUAUUAAUUCUUUGGGUGAAGAACAUUUUGCAGAAAUGAAGCAGGCAGGUGAAAACAGUAGUGAUUGUCCUGGAAAAAAUGGUGAAAAUACAGACUUGAAGAAAAAAGGGUUGUGUUUGGUUCCUUUAAAUCUGAUAGUGAAUUAUCUUGUUUAAUUCAUAUACAGUAAAGUUUUAUCAAUGAACUCCAAUAUCGUAUCAAACUCUUAUUAGUUACUUUGAAAAUUACUAAAG